CGCAGCGGGUCAGCUGAGGUCGCGCCAGCGCCCCAUUACGGACCCGCGCGCUAGCUCUCCAGGUUUAGCGCCAGCACACCCCACCCAGCACAGCUGAGGACCGACUCCGGGGAAAUCGACGCCCGGGGGCUGCUCGCCAGGCUGGCUGACCCGAGCUCGCGGGUCCUCGGGGGCGCGCGCGCCUGGACGCCGCCGCGGACGAUGCUGCUGCUCCUGCAGCUGUGGUGUCUAAUGCCGGAGAGCGCGCCAGAGAGCCCCUGGGGGUUGCCCGUGGUGGCCGAUGGCCCAGCUUCCUUAGCGAAGAUGGUGAUGGCAGAACUAGUCAACCUGAAGUUAGAAAACAAGCCAUGGCCUGGAGGGACACACUCUCUCCACUACCACUACCUGGCCUUGUCAGAGCCGGGCCCGGACCUUCCCCAGUUUCUGGCUGUAGGCUACGUGGACGACCAGCCCUUCAUCCAUUAUGACAGUCGUGUGGACAGGGCCAAGCCCCAGGCCCCGUGGAUGGCAACUGUGGAUGCCCAGUACUGGGAGACAGAGACUCAGAAGCAGAGGGCCUGGGCAAAGGUGCAGCAGGUGGAGACGUGGACCGUGAUGGGCUACCACAACCAGAGCACUGGCAUGCACAGCACCCAGCGGAUGUUCGGCUGUGAGAUCCAGGAGGACGGCCACACCCAUGGCUUCUGGCAGUUUGGCUUCGAUGGGCAGGACCACCUGUCACUGGACCUGGAGACUCUGAACUGGGUGUCGGCCAAACCUGCGGCCAUGCGGACCAAGAGCUGGUGGGAGACAGAGCGCUGCUACGCUGAGUACGACAAGGCCUACCUGGAAGGCCUCUGCCUCGUUUCCCUGCGCAGGUACCUGGAGCUGGGCGGCCAGAGCCUCACCCGGAAAGAGCCGCCCACGGUGCAGGUGACAAGACACACAGCUCGGGAUGGCGGCAUCACGCUGAAAUGCUGGGCCUGGGGCUUCUACCCACGGGACAUCUCAUUGAGCUGGUGGCUGGGUGAAGAGGAGCUGGUGCUAGAGACUGAGUAUGUGGAGACACGCCCCAGUGGAGAUGGCACCUACCAGACGUGGGCGGCUGUGCAGGUGCCAGCCAGGAUGGAGGACCGGUACACUUGCCAUGUGCAACACUCUGGCCUGAACCACACAUUCACUGUGACCUGGGAAGCACCCCCUCAUCAGUGGAUAACCAGUGCUGUGCUUAUCCCCAUGUUGAUCUUUCUCUUGCUGACGGCUGGAGUACUGAUCUUCAUCAAGCAGUACUCUCAAGCCUGGAAUCAGGAAUCUUGCAAACGAGCCCCAGGUGGAGAGGACCCUCCAGUGAGCCCAGUGAGAAUGGAGGCUGCUCAGCUACUCUGUUGACACACGUUCACAGUCAGGUCAAGGAGGUGUUUUGUGGGGUGUGUGGGGGCCUCCAGGGCACUAGCUGGCUGGCCGCAGUGACCCCACUGUGAAGGGCCCACCCCACCCCAAAACGGAGCCCUCCAUGUCUCCGUCAGCCUCACUCCAAGCAGUUUGUGCCACUAAGAUCACUUUCUUCAUCUUCCUAAAGUCCUUUUCCAAGUCCGUCUCCUGUCCGAGGAGGGCAGGAGUAAUUCCUUGGAUGGGCUCUCACUGGACGGUUAGCAAGCAGAAUGCUUUCCUGUUGUUUUGUUUUGUUUUGUUUUGUUUUUAAAGAUUUUAUUUAUUUGACAGACAGACAUCACAAGUAGGCAGA